AUGUCUCUUUCCGGCCUUAAAACCUUUGCAUAUAAUAUUUUAAAGGAAACGGGUGAAACUAUUGACCAAAAUAUCAGCGGAGCUGGCACGGCCAAUUUUACAGAACUGCCACUAUGCUCAACAUAUAAGGAAAAAAUUUUAACACUCACAUACGAAUCGUUUACUAUACUCGAAUGUGGACACGUCUUUAGACGGGACUCUGUAUCUUCUCAAAUAAGUGGCACAUCGACUCUAGUUGAUGAAUUUUAUAAUAUUGAGAUUAAUUCGCCAAGAAUUUCCUCCCAGGAUCGAGACGUGGAUAUGGGUGAGAAGAUUUCGUCUCAAGAUCAAGAUGUGGAUAUGGGUGAUAGAGAUGGGAACAGGGAAGAAGAGAAGGAAAAGGAAUCUCAAGUUGAAACCCAAUCUGAUUCAACAGGAUGA